GAUUAGGUUAGGUUGGAUUAGGUUAGGUUGGGUUAGGUUGGGUUGGGUUAGGUUAGGUUUACUGCCUUAGAGUGAAUGACCAACAUCCUGAUUGACUGAUAAGUCAGGUGAUCGGUUGACUUUCCCAGUUAACUUACGUCAUGAGUUGGAUGACUCGCGGAGUGCAUUAAGCGACCGGCUGCUUGGAGGGUUAACUGACGAAUUACGCCGAGUGGCCUAGUGACCCAAACAGCUGGCAUAAUGAGUCUUGCGAGUGACCGACCUGGUGGCUUAACUGAGUAAGUGAGGAGCUCAGUAGCUGCUCGGUGACUUCAAUUACGUGACAUUUCGUGCGACACCCAACACGUUGUUUGUUGGUUAUCGUUCACUUCGCAGUUCAGUCUCUGAUGUAAGCAAGUCACACGGAGAAUUAGUGGGAUCGGCCCCAAUGUACAUAUUUAGUUUGAGUGUGUUAUCGGACCGACACUUGUUAUCGCCUGAUAAGGAGACGAACGGGCGGGAUUCAACAGCGAGGUGCUUCACAGUCUCCAUGGCUACGCGGUGACCGACAGCCACCCCCAGCAAUUGUUGCAGUUGCCAAGACGACGACACGCUGCGUGAUGCUGAAACGGGAGAUGCGAGACGACGUGUUCGAGCUCCUCACGUGUCCGGUGUGUGGCGAGUACCUGACGCCACCCAUCACGCUUUGCUACGCGGGGCACAACACCUGCUCCCGCUGCCGGCCGAAGCUGCAGUCCUGCCCGCGCUGCACGGGACAGCUUCUGCAGACCCGCAACAUGGCCCUGGAGACCAUCGCCCGUAGCCUGCGGUACCCUUGUCGCUACUCCGGCGCUGGCUGUCGGCACAAGGCCACCAUGAACGAGAUCGGGACGCACCACGCACAGUGCGAAUAUCGCUGUUACGACUGUCCCCUGCGGGCCGUCGAGGACUGCUAUUGGACUGGCAGGUCUCCUGAGAUCCGGGAGCACGUCCAGACGGCGCACAGCUCGACUACCUUGGAGCUGGACACGUGGCAGAUCUCGAAUGCGGCGUGCUAUCAGAACUCGCACCACGUGGUGCUCGCCCUGGGGGAAGUGUUCGUGUUGCACAAGAGGUUCGACAUUCCGCACCGGAAGCUGUGCCUGGCCGUGCAGAUGUGCCGGGAGGCCCAGUCCCACUUCCGCUACUCGCUUCGACUGGAGAAGAACGACGGCAAACAGACGGCGCUGCUUAGCAACGCCGUGCACAGUCACUCCGAGAGCUUGGACCACGUGUUUGUGUCAGGAGAGUGCAUCAAGGUGGACUUCGACAUGCUCAUGAAUUUCGUUAAGGGUACUCGGACACUUCGGAUCGCGCCGUCGACAUGAACGGUCGGUCAUUCGAGGUCACGUCACCUCCUUGCUUCCUCACACAUUCAGUGUCCCAUACAAAAGCAUUCAAUGAAUGAAAGAAUGACGUUUAAAUAAACCAAGCCAAAACAUACUUCAGCACUGACACUCAGUGACUUUGGCGAAUCUAGUGCGGGUGUUCAAAACGUAAUUGUAAAUGGCGGCUUCAUACUCCUAGCCGUGAGAACCUGAAAUCUCAUCUGCUGUUACGUAAUUGUACAACGCAAAGACGUUCUUGAGAAAGAGCGUCCCUCACCUGGUCAGCAAAUUCGCGGACUUUCCUGGAACCCGAAGGUUCGUUACCGUCUUCACAGAGCCCGCCAUCAGCCAGAUGAAUCCCUUCUACACCCUCGACGAAUUUUAAUAUCAUCCUCCUUUCUACGUCUUGGUCUUGUCAGUGGCCUGUUCCCGUCGUGUUUUCCAACUAAAGUUUUGUUCGCAUUAGUCGCAUGCCCCAGCCAUGUCACGUACACAUUGCGAAGCCGUUCGCUGACAAAUUUUCUCCGCCCUGUCAUUUCCUCUCCGUCAGAUUCAAAUGUCCGUCUCGAACACCUUCAACGAAUUGCUUCCCCCUGGCGAUGGACCAAGAGUCACUCCCCCCCCACACAGAAGAGAUGAACGUAAAAUCGUAGAUCUGUUCUGUGCGUGGAGACGAGAACACAAAGGUUUCUGGACCUAACCUCAUGGCAUCACGUGAAUUGAAUGUGCUGGAGGGUACUUGGAGCAUGUAAUUCCGAUUUGUUAUUGUUGUUUCAGAGUACUUUAAACUUCGCUGUAUUUUCGAAAAAUAAAGCGUCUCUGGCUUUUUGUUUAAGUUCA